AUGCUACCCAGACUCACCGUUGUAUCACGACGUGCACGAUCUGUUUGUCCUUCUGUGCUCAGUCCCUUUUUCUUGGAGACAGGACACCUGUCUCAAUUCUCUAACAAGAGAUACGGGUUUUCUACGUCUACAUCAACUGGCGCCGAUAAAAAUCCAGUCGCCAUCGGUUCCGUUACAUCUAGACAUUCUGAACCACCCAACAAUUCCCCAAAGGCUACACCGACGAAUAAACAAAAGAAAGAUGAAGACGAGCCCAGCACUGCCAGAUCGAUUGAGACGAACAAGGAGGAUGUACACAACGGACCAAAACGCAAUGAAGUUGGAGUACAGCUCCUUUCGCGUAGCUUGCACUCACAGAUCUUCGGCGAAACGCGAUUUGACGCGCCAAAACCAGACGUUGUUCAGAUCGCACAGGAGCACCUUACAAUGCACGGCCUUGAUCCCUCACAAGGAUCCACGCUGCCAGAGACGGAAUUCACAUUACCGCCGUUACAAGGAAAGGACCUGGACCAGCAUUUCCAUAGGAUCGGUGCGAGCGCGUGCGAUCCAUGGCUCCAGCUUGCCCAAGACUUUGCAGUCGAGACACUGCCUGAGAUGCCGAAAGACUGGAAGGUUCAGGCAGGAUGGACGCGCUACUGCGUCAAGAACGACUCGAUGGAGUCCCAGUCAGUUGAUUUCCCAGAGUUUGAGGGGAAGCCGGAGGAGAUGCUUGCUUUCGACGUUGAGACGUUGUCGGCGGACAGUCCGUAUCCCAUCUUGGCAUGCGCGGCCUCAAAAGACUGCUGGUACUCAUGGAUAUCGCCGUGGCUUAUCGGUGAAGAUGACGAUCACACGCACCUGAUACCGAUAGGCGGCUCCGAGGUUGACCGCGUGAUCGUCGGCCAUAAUGUCUCUUACGAUCGCGCGAGGAUCUUAGAGGAGUACAAUUUAAACGGCACACGGAACCGCUUCCUCGACACCAUGUCUCUCCACGUUGCUGUGCAGGGCAUCUCCUCGCAUCAGCGUCCGGCGUGGCAAAAGCAUCGGAAGUCUAAAGAGGACACCAAGGCGCUGAGGCAGCAGUUAUUACAGCAGGAAUUCGAGAAUCUACCUGACUUGAUAGAGGAGAAACGGAAAGAGCGGGCUGGGGAGAAGGACGGUGCCAAGAAGGAUGAGAUCGACAAGAUGAUACAAAAAUUGGAGGAAGGACGCCAAAAAGUGAAGGUUCACGCGACCGAGGAAAGUUAUGACGAAGAGGAAUCCCCCACCGGGCAGUGGCAGGACGUGACGUCUGUGAAUUCCCUUGCAGAAGUUGCGAAGUUGCAUUGCAAAAUCAAGAUGAACAAGGCCAGGCGGGACGACUUUUCGAAGUGCUCCCGGGAGGAGAUCCGCGAGCGCAUUCAGGACUACCUCACCUAUUGCGCGACCGACGUCGAUGUCACGCACCAAGUGUUCGCCAAGAUCCUCCCGGCGUUCCUCGAAACCUGCCCGAGCCCCGUCUCCUUCGCCGGGAUGCUGACGAUGGGUUCGAGCUUUCUGACUGUCAACCAGAAAUGGAAGCAGUACAUUGAGGACGCCGAGCAGGCGUACCAUGUGCUGGCAGACAAGGUCCAGGCACGCCUUCACGAGCUGGCAAAGGAUGCGAUGAAGAUGAUGGACACCGAUAAGUGGCAGAGUGAUCCUUGGCUCAGCCAAUUGGACUGGACGCCGAAGAAGGCUGGAAAGUCGAGGGGCGUGUGUGAGCAGCAGUGUUCUGUUCCGAACUACACAUGGUAUCAAACUCUACGCACCCUCGGCCCUCUCGAUUCAAAAAUCAAAACAACUAUCCUUCCUCUCCUCCUCGAGCUGUCUUUUGACGGACAUCCUCUUCAGUAUUCUUCAGUCGAAUGGUGGCACUACGUUUCUGACGGCAAAGUCACCCUUUUUCCAAAAUGGAUAACAGCGACGGCUACUUCUACUACCAAAAGCGCGAAGCUAAAAGACCCUCUAGGCUCGGAGCGCAGCCGUCCAGGUUUCAAUAGCGGUCGUCUGACAUCCAAGUAUCCAGAUCUAACAAAGGCAAUCUAUCAAGGAAGCGAUAUAUCUUACACGUCGAAACGCAUUCUCGAGAUUGCCGAAGGGGUCGUACACAUGGGCCCAGAAAAGGCAAGGAAGAAUGCAUCGUUGACGCAGCUUGACUGGGAACCGGUGGAGGGCUCUGCAUCUCCAUCCACGAAAAGGAAGGGGAAGACACUGUCCCUAACCGCGGCCAAACCUGCGCCCGUCAUGUGGCCCAAAUGGUUCUGGGAUUUAACCGCGCCAAAGAAAGGCAUGGAGCCCGGUUCUCUUGACCUUACUCUGCGCAGCCGCAUCGCACCCAUCCUUCUCCGCCUCGAAUGGCGCGAAUGGCCGUUAUUCUACUCGCGCGAACAUGGGUGGACAUUCCGCGUGGACCCGGAUGUCGACUUCGACACCCGAAUGAAAAAGCUCGAGUUUAACGACCCUGAGGACUCGAAGCUGCGGGCGGACGUGGAGAAAGGGCACGCAUUUUACAAGCUCCCACACAAGGACGGCGAGAAGGCGAACGUGGGGUGUCCGCUUGGGAAGACGUUCAUGAAGUAUGCGCAGGAUGGGACGCUGACUAGUCCCGAGGCUACCGCGGCGGAGGCACUCGAUAUCAGUGCGCAGUGUAGCUACUGGAUUAGUGCGAGGGACCGGAUCAGGAACCAGAUGGUCGUGUGGCAGAAGGAGCACGACUUAGGCUUUUCUUCGUUGGAGGAGAAAGAGGAGGUGAAGGACGCGGUGAAAGAGGAAGUGAAAGAGGAGGUGAAAGAGGAGGAUUGGGGUAUAAUUUUACCUCAAGUUAUCGCAAUGGGCACGGUCACUCGACGGGCGGUCGAGAAGACAUGGUUGACCGCGAGCAAUGCCAAAAAGAAUCGCGUAGGUUCUGAGCUGAAGGCGAUGGUCACUGCGCCUCCAGGGUACGUGAUCGUGGGCGCAGACGUGGACUCUGAAGAGCUGUGGAUCUCCAGCGUCAUGGGUGAUGCACAGUUUGGUCUGCAUGGCGCGACAGCGCUCGGAUGGAUGACACUAGAAGGCACGAAGGCAGCAGGGACGGACCUGCAUUCAAAGACUGCGAGUAUCUUGGGCAUCUCGCGUGACCAAGCGAAGGUCUUCAACUACUCUCGAAUCUACGGUGCAGGCAUGCGGCAUGCGAUGCUCCUCUUGCUUCAGUCAAACGUGAACAUGUCGGAGGAUGAGGCACAGCAGCUCGCGCGGAAUCUGUACGGGUCGACCAAGGGCCAUAGCAUCCGCGCCUCGGGCCUACAUGAACGCCAGUUCUGGCACGGCGGCUCGGAGAGCUUCGUGUUCAACAAGCUGGAGGACAUCGCGCUUGGUGACGAGCCACGAACGCCUGCGCUCGGGUGCGGCGUGACAUACGCGCUGUCAAAGAAGUACCUGCCGGAGGAGUUCGGUGCGAACUACAUGACCUCGCGGAUCAAUUGGGUCGUCCAGUCCUCGGGCGUUGACUACUUGCACCUCCUCAUCGUCUCAAUGGACCAUCUGAUCAAAACGUAUGACAUCCAAGCGCGGUACCUAAUUUCGGUACAUGACGAGCUGCGGUACCUUGUCAAGGAGGAGGAUAGGUACCGUGCCGCGCUUGCGCUUCAGACUGCAAACCUGUGGACGCGCAGUCUGUUUGCGUUGAAGCUGGGGAUGGAUGACCUCCCGCAGGGUGUCGCGUUCUUCUCCUCGGUCGACAUCGACACCGUGCUGCGGAAAGAGGUCAACAUGCCAUGCGUGACGCCGUCGCAUCCCGAUCCGAUCGAGCCUGGCGAGAGCGUGGACAUCAUACAGGUGCUGGAGAAAACGAACCGCUCAUUGUGGGCCAUGGACGGGAACGGACAGACGAGACCGAUGGAGGAGGGUGUGGAGGCCUUGCCUGCGGGCGACCUCACGAGUUACGUGCCGCCUGAUUGGCUGAAGCAUCGCGCGAUCAAUGUUGAAUGGCUGAAGGCGCAGGCGACGGCGGACGUUGAGGAGAUCGAGAAGCUCGCGAGUGGGCCUAUUGAGAAGCCUUUGGGCAGGAAAACUCAAAGGCCAUCAACUUAUGGGAAGCGUACUACGUCCUCACAGUCGCGUACGUUCUCAAAGUCGUCUAUGUCCUCAACGUGGACUACGUUCUCAAAGUCCUCACCGUCGGACUUCGAACCGGAUUCGGAUGACUGGGAAGAUGUCGUCGCGGCAGAAAUCGCUCGCGGCCGCUGGAAAGUUCACGCCAUGAAAAGCUGA